AUGAACGCAUUAAAUUUGAAUGAACUACAAGUUUUAGUAAAUAAUUUUAAGCAAGAAAAAGAAGAGAAUAACGAAGAAAAUUAUAUUGUUAAGUUUAAUCAGCAAGAUGGAAAUAUAAAUUUGGCAGUUUUUGCUGGAGACAAGCCGAUAUAUCAACUGCCAGAAAAUUAUAAGCCGGAUAAAGGUGACAUGAAAGCUGAGAUAUUGUGUACAGAUGGUCACUGCAAAAAAACUUAUGAGUAUGAUAUAAUAAGAGAUUCAUCACCUGGCAACAAGAUAAAAAUUGUGGAAAAAUAUGAUAACCAAUCUGAUCAUUUUUACGUUAAUGCAAUGUUUCAUGACGAUUAUGGCAAUAUGAUGGGUGGGUAUGGAGCUGAAUUGAGUUUUCGAUACAACCAAGAGCCAGAAUUUAUAAUACAUGACAUACAUAACUUAUUUGCUGUUUAA